GUGGGUCGCGGCCGGGACUGGCGACUGGAAGAGCUCGCGGGGCGCUGCCCCCCUCGGGGCCAUGGGUUCCCGCCCCUUGCCCGUCCGCUGUGGAGGACGCCGGGCUCUGGGGGCGCUGGCCGGGCGGACGGAAGCCCGGAGGGGCUUCCUGGCUCGUGCCUGGGAGCGGGGACGCGGCGGGGACCCCGCAGUCGCGCGACGGAGGGAUGGGAGCACUCUCUCUGGCCGUCAGGGCCGGGAGGUUGCGCUGGCGCCGCGACCCGCUCCCGGAAGCCCGCGGAGCAAUUCGCGGAGGGACGGCGGCCUGUGGCUGCCGGGGUCCGCCGGGACUGGUUGGGGACGCGGCCCUCACGCCGCCCCGCGGCUGCCUUGCUGGCUGCGUGCACCUUCCCUGCGGUGGAACGCGGCUUUCCGGCCCUGCUGAGCCCGCUGGCGCUGUCGGCCCGGGGGAGGUUUCGCGAGGACCCCAGGAGGCCGGGUUUGAGAAUGAAGGACCCACGCCCGUGGGGCAAGCGCAGGGUCAGAGGAAAUGACUUAGAGGCCUUACAAAUACAUCUGUGCAUUCUUGCUUCAGACUUUACAAUUGAGGGCCAACUCAGUCUGGAAGCACCACUUAUUAACAUUACAAGGAAACUGCUACCUCAGCAAACAAAAAGGAAAGGAGGAGAAAACUUAUAAUAACAAAAGCCUUUUUUUUUUUAAAUUGUUUUCAGAAAAUAUUAAAGGAAAUUUGGAAAUUUUUUGCAUUGCAAAGAAGCUUUGCAGGUAAAUGGAUUUGGCAGGCAGGCUCUGUCAAAAUUCUGCAGACGUUUGAUCUUCCUUCUUUAAGACUUAGAGUGAAGUAAUUCUGUACUGCUUUUUAAAUUGCUGUUGAUCAGCUUAUGGGUUUUUGGGUUCUAACUUUUCUGGUAUACUGAAGAUACAUUAUAUUACAUUAUAUUAAUUUUUUAAAGUUAAGUUAUUUUUCUGCCAUUGUAAAUACAAGUAUCAAAAUAUUCUUACAAAGUAAUUAUAGUUAAACAUUUUUUUCAGCAAACAUCUUUUUAUUCAGAGUGUGAUGCUAGCAGUUCUUAUACAACAGUUUGGACACAUUUUUACUUUUUGUCAGAAGUCCUGCCCACACUGAACAUACUAAUUAUACAAACCUGUUGUUCUCACAUCUACGUUGGAUGACAUGGUCACCUUCCUCAUGGAAAUGCCUUUCUUAAAACUUAGAUUUGCAGAACUCCACUAUUUUUAUACCUAGCUACAGUUUUGGGAAAGGAAAUCAGAACCUGACCUGCUCACAGCUGCUGAGACAGUCCCCGUCCCGCAUGUAUUGCUGCAGUGCCCAAGACAGUAAGAUGGACUACAAGCGGCGCUUCCUGCUUGGCGGGUCCAAGCAGAAGGUCCAGCAGCACCAGCAGUGCCCACUGCCCGAGCUAGGCCGGGCCCUGAGCACGCCCGUGGCACCUGCAGCCUCCGCUGCCCCCCUGGGCAGCCUCUCUGCUGCGGGCAGCUGCCACCACGCCAUGCCCCACUCCACUCCCAUCGCUGACAUCCAGCAGGGCAUCUCCAAGUACCUGGAUGCCCUCAAUGUCUUCUGUCGCGCCAGCACUUUCCUCACAGACCUCUUCAGUACUGUGUUCAGGAACACUCACUAUGCCAGGGCAGCCACGCAGCUCAGAGAUAUGCAGGAGCAUGUCAUGGAAGCAGCCAGCCGGCUGACUUCAGCCAUAAAGCCCGAGAUUGCCAAGAUGCUGAUGGAACUCAGUGCUGGAGCUGCAAACUUCACAGACCAGAAGGAAUUCAGUCUCCAGGAUAUUGAGGUAGAGUAUCUUCUGUGUCAUAGUAGGCCAGGAAAAUACAUUCCAGAGGUGUUGGGGCGAUGCUUCUUGACUGUGGUUCAGGUCCAUUUCCAGUUUCUGACCCAGGCAUUACAGAAGGUCCAGCCAGUAGCUCACUCUUGCUUUGCCGAGGUGUUUGUGCCAGAAAAGAAGAACAGCAGUGGUGGCAUAUCUGGCGUGGGCCACACACCCGAACUGGAGGAAGCUGUGCGAUCCUGGCGCGGGGCUGCAGAGGCAACAUCAAGACUAAGAGAAAGAGGCUGUGAUGGCCGCCUGGCAGGAAUUGAAGUUCAACAGCUCUUCUGUUCUCAAAGUGCAGCAAUUCCUGAACACCAGCUAAAAGAACUGAACAUAAAAAUUGACAGUGCUUUGCAAGCAUAUAAAAUAGCUCUGGAAAGCUUAGGCCACUGUGAAUAUGCAAUGAAAGCUGGUUUCCACCUGAAUCCAAAAGCAAUUGAAGCCAGUUUGCAGGGCUGCUGUAGCGAUGCAGAAGCACAACAGACAGGGCGGAGGCAGACCCCUCCGCAGCCCAUGCAGUGUGAGCUUCCCACCGUCCCUGUGCAAAUAGGAUCACACUUCCUGAAGGGUGUCUCUUUCAACGAGUCAGCCACGGACAAUCUGAAACUCAAGACGCAUACGAUGUUACAGCUGAUCAAGGAAGCAGGUUGCUGUAAUGGAAUCACACCCAGGGACGAUUUUCCUGUGACUGAAGUCCUGAACCAGGUGUGCCCAUCCACAUGGCGGGGUGCCUGCAAGACUGCCGUGCAGCUGCUGUUUGGCCAAGCAGGAUUGGUGGUAGUUGACACGGCACAGAUUGAAAAUAAAGAAGCCUAUGCUCCCCAAAUCAGUUUAGAAGGCUCCAGAAUAGUGGUUCAAGUUCCAUCCACAUGGUGCCUGAAAGAAGACCCCGCUACCAUGUCCCUGCUGCAAAGAAGCCUUGAUCCCGAGAAGACCCUGGGUCUCGUGGACGUGCUCUACACAGCUGUGCUGGACCUCAACCGCUGGAGGGCAGGGAGGGAACAAGCUUUACCGUGCAUACAGAUCCAGCUUCAAAGGGAGAUCUGUGAUUUUGGGAAUCAGUCUGACCUGCCUUCUGGAAAUGGAAACAAAGCUCCAGGUGGCCUGCAGAAGACAUUCUCCAAACUGACAUCCCGGUUCACCAAGAAAACUUCAUGUACCAGCUCUAGCAGUAGCACAAAUUAUUCCAUCCCAAGUACCCCUUCCAAAAACAUCUUCAUAGGUGGGUGUUUAGAAGAAAAGGCCAAAAUGCCCAGCAAUAUUGAUUCAAGGCUACAAAGCAUUUUGAACAUUGGAAAUUUUCCCAGGACUACAGACCCUUCACAGUCAGCUCAAAAUUCCAGCAAUCAAAUGGCCAAUGGUUUUCUCAUGGAGAGGCGAGACAACUUCCUGCGAGGAGAUGAUGGCAAAGAUGAGAAGGGUAUGAACUUGCCAACCGAUCAGGAAAUGCAGGAGGUGAUAGAUUUUCUCUCGGGCUUUAAUAUGGGCCAGUCACAUCAGGGCUCCCCACUGGUGACAAGACGUAAUUCUGCUGCCACAGCUAUGGUGACUGAGCAGAAGGCAGGAGCUAUGCAACCACAGCAGCCACCACUGCCAGUGCCCCCUCCACCACGGCCACCCCAGGCUGGGGCACAUGCACCUCUGACGCCCCAGCCAGGCCUGGCACCUCAGCAGCAGUCCCCAAAGCAACCACAACCCCAGGUCCCCUACUACCAGCACCUGCUCCAGCCCAUUGGAUCACAGCAGCCCCCACCUCAGCCUCGGGCCCCAGGGAAGUGGGUGCAUAGCUCGUCUCAGCAGCCAUCACAGCCUGUUGGAGCGGGUCUGUCACCUCUUGGUCAGUGGCCUGGCAUAUCUGAUCUCAGUUCUGACUUGUACAGCUUGGGUCUGGUGAGCAACUAUAUGGAUAAUGUGAUGUCAGAGGUUUUGGGACAGAAGCCACAGGGACCUAGAAAUAACACCUGGCCAAACCGUGAUCAAAGCGAUGGAGUGUUUGGGAUGUUGGGAGAGAUUCUGCCUUUUGAUCCUGCAGUGGGUUCAGACCCUGAGUUCGCACGCUAUGUGGCAGGAGUCAGCCAGGCAAUGCAGCAGAAGCGACAAGUCCAACAUGGUCGCCGCCCGGGCAACCCCCGGGGCCACUGGCCACCCAUGGAUGAUGCCCAUCGGACCUGGCCUUUCCCGGAGUUCUUCACAGAAGGGGAUGGCCUGCACAGCAGCUGGUCGGGCGCUCAGGGAGACUCGGCCAGCUCAAGUGAUGAGACAUCGUCUGCCAACGGGGACAGCUUGUUCUCCAUGUUUUCUGGACCUGACCUCGUUGCUGCUGUCAAGCAGAGAAGGAAACACAGCAGUGGAGAGCAGGAGACCAGCACACUGCCCUCCCCGCCUCUUCUCACCACAGUGGAGGACGUGAACCAGGAUAACAAAACCAAAACGUGGCCCCCCAAAGCACCCUGGCAACACCCUUCCCCGCUUCCCAGCACGCUGCCUAGUCCAAGCACACCACUCUACGCGGUCUCCAGUCCCGGCAGCCAGUGGAACGACACCAUGCAAAUGCUGCAGUCCCCAGUGUGGGCAGCGACCAGUGAUUGCAGCGCUGCCUCCUUCACCUAUAUGCAGACCCCGCCGCAGCCUCCACCCCAACCUGCACACAAGGCAGUGCCCAAGGGCUUCAAGGCCUUCCCCGGGAAGGCUGAACGCAGACCAGCCUACUUGCCCCAGUACUAACCCAGGGCCAGCCUGCCUGCCUGCCUGCCUGCCCAGAGCUGGUGGAGCCUGUGUCCCCACCCCAGGGCUGACUAGCUGGCACCAGCCCGCCAGAGGACCAGUGCACCCCUGUCCCAGGCAGGGGCCCUUGGGGGGUGGGGGUGGUUGGCAGCUCCAAGCCUUUAAGGCCCGGCUUCUCAAGCCUUGGAGGCAUCAGAGCCCUGGAGGGCCAGCUGAAGACAGAGGUUUCUGAUCCUCCGCAGGGAGAUGCUGAGGGAGCUUCAAACUUAAGCACCUCUGGUGAUUCUGCUGCGGGUGGGCCACAGGCCACACUUGGAGAAACACAGCUCUCAAGUUUGUAGUCCCACUGUGUGUGUUGCAGGCCUGAAGGCCAAGAGCAAAACUGACCAUUCCCCUGAAGCCCUUCCCUGCCCCUCCUUAAUACCAAGUGAUGACCACACCAACUGUAAUUUAUAGUUGUUUUUCAUAGAGGUUUUUAGUUACAAUACCUCCUGCCUAAAAAUGGAUUGGAUAUUUUAAGGUAACAAAUAUAGUGGCUGGAGGUUUGUUCAACACUAUCUUUAUUUAAGUUAUACAAAAAAUGGGCGAAGUAUAGAACAGAGUAUUUGUGAUCAGAAGCAACCACCUGGGUUCUCCGUGGGUGGGUGGCCCCUUACUGCCCCAGCAGCACCUAAGAGGUGCAACCUUUACUGGAUUUAUAAAAGCAGGAUCGCUGGAAGCAUAUUCCUGAUGGUGCCUGAAGAUGAGCCAGCUGACUGCUGUCCGUAUGCAGGAUGCAGCUGUGCUGGCUGCCCUCAGGUCCUUCCACGCGUGGCCAGAGGCUUUGACACAGUCUCACAAUGUGGGGGUGUGGUCAAGGGGCUGUACAGAGACACCUGAACUUGAAAUUAUAGUAACACUUGUGAGCUGGCUCAAGACAAACCAAUUAAGACAUAGAUAGGAGUUAAUUUAAAGUUUUUCUUAAAAAAAAAAAACAAAACCACCUCAUUUUCAGUUAACAUGUGCCAUUAAAUAGACAACAUCCUGUGGAUUUAGGGAUAUUUCCAGCCAGAAUGGAUCCAGAAAAAUUGAAUGGUGCUUAAAUUGAGAAAUAAUAAUACAUAAUAUCUAUAUAGAAUAGACAUAUCCCACUGUAUAUUAAUUGAGGUUACAGAAGGUCUUUAUAUAAACUUAUUUAAAUUUUUCAUACUUCAUCUUUGAAAAGUCUAAUUGAGAAAAAUCCGUAUUUUCUGGUAUGAAAGUCUGACAGUAUUAAUAUUUUUUUUAUAUUUUCUUAAAUCAUUAAACCAUUUUAAUAUAUAUGUUAACUACUAAUAAAUGGUUUAUUCUUUCUAACUCCAUAUAAACUUUUCCAGCAAAGAUUGUAAUAACACAUUUAUGUUACCAUUUUUCUACAGAUAUAAGUAGAUUUAUAUUUAAAAAUACCAAAAAGAAAAAGGUAUAUAUAUAUAUAUAUGUAUGUAUUAUGUAUGUAUAUAUAUAUGCACACUAAUUAUAGAGGACCCUUAAGGUGUCUGAGCCCAGCCAUCUGAAUGUUUAGCACUGUGUUGCCAGGCUGCUUCCAGGCCUCCGGCGUGGCCUUCUGUGCUGUGUGGGGGACGCUGUUGCCGCCUGCACUUAACGGUCUUUUCACUGCAGGUUCUGAACAUUCACCUCUCCAUGUUUACAGAGACCUAUUUUGUACAUAGACUUUUCCAGGCACAUGCUUUGCACCAACCCUGCGUGGCUCUUGUCUUGUGUUAGCUGUCACAGUGUGUGCACUAAUGUUUGUUGAAGUUGUUUGUGGCUGUUCUACUUGUAAGAUAGUUUUCUGUUUCUUUCAGUAACGUGUCCCCAGGACCCUGUAUUUCAAUUUCUAUUAUAUGGAAGUACUCUUGUUUUAAUAGUGCCUCCCCAAAGACCUCACCUUGGACAGAGGUCAGUUGUUGAUGCUGAUGCCCCAGCAUAGGUGACAUCAACACUGCUAACUGUCACUUUCUAGUCUGUUUUUCUCGAUUAAGGAAGACAUUUUGUAGUUGCAUCUCCAUGGGCUGUGAGACUGCAAAGCUGUCUGUGUGGUCUCCUCGCAGGUGCUGUGUUUUCCGCACCGCCUUGCUCUGAACACUGGUAAUUCCAGGUGCUGCGCUCGGCAGAGGUGGGGGUCUCACCAAAGCGCAUGCAUGUGUGUGUGUGCGUGUUUGUCCUUUGCAUGGCCGGGCAUGGCUGCCUUGCUCGGGCAUCAGCAGGACGUUGUGUGAAUAGUUACAAUGCUUCCAAACUGGAACUCUACAUUUUGUAUCUUUUAAAGCUCCUAUAAGUAAAAUAACUAUUGGCUUUAUUAAAAAUAUACAUUUAA